AUGUUUCGCGAGAAGGUUCGCGAAAAGCGCGCCGAAGAGGUCAACAUUGAGCUGCAGGACGAUCAAGGAAACGUCGUCGUUGAUUGGGACGGGGAAGACGACAAGAGCAAACCUAUCAACUGGCCCGCAUUGGACAAGUUCAUCAAUGUCGGUCUUGUGAGUAUUCUCACGUUCAUUGCGUCUGUGGCGUCUGCCAUGUGUGCUCCCGGUGUUCCAGACAUUAUGGCAGAGUUCCACAGCGACAGUCAAAUUUUAUCAUCAUUCAUAGUAUCCAUUUUCAUCUUAGGCUACGCCGUGGGCCCAAUAAUGUUUGCACCUCUGUCCGAGGUAUACGGAAGAGCCGUCUUGUAUCAUAUCUCCAAUGUCACGUUCACUCUUUUCAGCAUUCUAAGCGCGGUAUCACCAAACCUGGCGGCACUUAUUAUCUUCCGCUUUCUCUCUGGCGCGUCGGGCGCAGCUCCGCUAGCCAUCGGCGGUGGAACCAUCGCGGACCUCAUCCGACCGGAGCGUCGUGGAGUGGUUGUAUCCGUCUACUUCGUUGGGCCCAUGCUUGGUCCGGCCAUUGGUCCCGUGGCUGCUGGGUACAUCACUCAAGGCCUGGGAUGGAGAUGGAUCUUCUGGUUGACAGCCAUUCCAUCGGGCGCGUUUACGGUCAUAUCCUUUUUCGGGCUGCGUGAGACAUAUCCUCCGCGACUCUUACAGAAGAAAGCCGCUACUCUCCAGAAACAGCAUCCAGAACUCAAUUUUGUCGUCCCUGGCCAGAUGACAGCUGCGCCAGUCUCGACUUUGCUCCUUAAUGCGCUAAUCCGUCCCUUAAAAAUGUUUUUUCUCAGUCCUAUCGUCCUCCUUCUUUCUACAAUUCUGGCACUAGCAUACGGGUACACUUAUAUCCUUCUCACAACUUUCACGAAUGUCUUCACCUCGGAGUACGGCUUUACAACCGGAACUGUCGGCCUAGUUUACCUCGGGUUGGGCGUUGGCUUCAGCAUAGGCGCCAUCAGCAACGGAAUAUUCAACGAUCGCAUGGCCAACCUUCGGACUAAGAAAAACAAUGGAAAUCGCAUGCCAGAAUACCGCCUGCCACUGAUGGCACGGUCUAUUCUACUUACUCCCGUGGGGUUAUUCUUCUACGGAUGGACGGCUCAGUACCACUUGCACUGGAUAUUGCCCAUACUUGGGUCUGCCAUCCUCGGUGUCGGACUUAUCUUAGUAAUGAUGCCGCUGCAUACGUACCUCAUUGAUGCAUUUACCAAGUAUGCCGCGUCAGCAAUUGCAGCAGCAACCAUCUUCAGGUGUAUUGUCGGCACAUUUUUACCUUUGGCAGGCGAACCUCUUGUUGACCAUCUGGGUCUUGGAUGGGGUAGUAGCCUCCUAGGGUUCAUUGCAUUGCUGUUUUGUCCGGUGCCUGUCCUGUUACAGAGACACGGAGAACAAGUGCGCGCACGCUUCCCGGUGAAGUUGUAG